UAAUGUGUUUGAAAAAGGAAAAGAAGCCCAGGAACCAGUGUCUUCUUUGCGACUCGCCGGAGGUGGCUAGCUACAACCUAUACUCGAUAGAUUUACCGGACUUAUAGACUCGCCGCUCCGGCGAGUUUCUUCGCUAAUUUGUUGAACCGAAAGUUUUAAGUUAUUUAAUAGGAAGCAUUGUAAACAUGCCUAAACUUCUAUCGAAAGUCCGUGCGAGUUCGAUAGUGCAAACACUUUUAAAUGAUAUUCGAAAUGGAGGGAAGGAAAUCGGAGGCUUUAGCCAAGCUAUGAGAACUUUCACUACUUCUAGCGGGCAUGUCGAGGAGCCUGUUUCAGGAUUAGGGCAAAAACAAAUUGUUGAUGCACUUGUCUUUGGAGAGAGAAGCAGAGCUGUUAGUCUUCUCUAUGAAUUUAGUCUUGGAAACAACAAAUUGAGCGCCAAUGAUUUCGCUUCUAUCCUGCAAACUUGUGCAAGAUUGCCUGAUCCAUUAUUUGUGAUGGAGACUUGGAAGAUUAUGGAGGAGAAGGAAAUCGACAUUAGUGCCAAGUGCUAUUUUCUUGCCGUUCGAGCACUCUGUAAAGGGGGUUACUUAAAGGAGGCGCUCAGUUUGAUGAGUAUCAUGGAAGAAAACCCAAAUAGUUAUUCUAUGUUGCCUGUUUAUAACAACUUCUUGGUGGCUUGUUCUGAAACACAUACAGUAGAUUAUGCUAAUGAAUGUAUGGGUUUGAUGGAGCAUCAGAUGGUGGGAAAGAAUGAGAUAACAUAUGCUCAGUUUCUCAAGCUUGCAGUUUUGCAGCAAAACCUGUCUGCUGUCCAUGAAAUCUGGAAGGAAUGUAGUAAAUAUUACAGUCUCAGCGUUAUUUCUCUUAGGAAGUUUAUAUGGUCCUUUGCAGAGCUGAGAGAUCUGCAAUCAGCCUACACAACCUUACAACACAUGGUGAGCUUGGUUAUUAGAGAAAACUCUUACAUAAGUAGAACUGCUGAAGGAAGGUUUUGUGAUUUAAGAUUGGAUAUUCCAGCACCUUCCACUGGCAACCUGAGUUUCAUCGAUGCAUCUCUCAACACAGAGGGUAGCACCAAUUUUGACUUGGAAAGGCAAAGUAUUGGCAGCAUUGAAAUAAGCACAGUAAAAAAACCAUUAAGUGCAUCUGUUACGAAGCUUUUAAGGUGGUCCUUCAAUGAUGUCAUGCAUGCUUGUGCAAAAGUUCAAAGCUGUGAUUUGGCUGAGCAGUUAAUGUUACAGAUGCAAACUCUUGGUUUGCAACCAUCAGGGAGUACAUAUGAUGGCUUCAUUAGGGCAAUUGUUAUCACAAGAGGCUUUAGUGAUGGAGUGGAAGUGUUAAAGGUUAUGCAAGAGAAAAAUAUUAAGCCUCAUGAUUCAACUCUUGCUGUUUUAGCAGUCAUCUGCAGCAGAGAGUUACAACUCGAUAGGGCAGAGGCUUUCUUGGAUGAGAUGGCCGAAAUCCGAAGUCCUCGUCCUUAUAAUGCUUUCCUUGAAGCAUGUGAUGUCCUGGAUCAACCUGAACGAGCAGUUCAGAUAUUGGCUAAGAUGAAAAAGUUGAAUCUCCAGCCAAAUAUCAGGACAUAUGAAUUGCUAUUCUCACUGUUUGGUAAUGUGAAUGCACCUUAUGAAGAGGGCAACAUGCUGUCACAGGUGGAUGUUUCUAAAAGGAUAAAUGCUAUAGAAAUGGAUAUGAUGAAAAACGGCCUUCAGCACAGUCAUCUGUCAUUGAAGAAUGUGUUGAAAGCGCUUGGAACAGAAGGGAUGAUAAAGGAGCUGAUUCAAUAUUUACAUGCUGCGGAGAAUCGGUUCUCUCGUUACGACACUUAUAUGAUCACACCUGUCUAUAAUACAGUUUUGCAUUCCCUUGUUGAGGCUAAAGAGAGUCAAAUGGCAACACAGAUAUUCAAAUCUAUGGUGUCUUCUGGAGUUCCACCUGAUGCUGCAACAUAUAACAUCAUGAUUGAUUGCUGUAGCAUUAUUGGAUGUUUCAGAUCUGCACUUGCCCUGAUCUCUAUGAUGUUACGCAAUGGUUUCAAUCCUCAAGCAGUGACUUUAACUGGUCUGUUAAAGGUAUUUGUUUAGUCUUGUUUAGCUAUUCUCACUAAUCUGCGGAAGCUGGAUCAUUAGAAAAAUAAAAAUAAAAAUAAAAAGUAAACUUGCACAAACUUGGCCUAAGCACCUAGCCUUCUUUAUUUGGUGAAAAGGACUUUUUAUGAAGUGGGCAGUAUGUGCUUUCUAGCACUUAUCCCGCUAACCUUUUGACUAUUUAGAAACUUUGCCAAGAAAAUCAAUCAAAUGAUUCACUAAACCUCGUAAACCCAAGUCCACCAUAACUAAGUUGUUUGUUUUCUAAAACGCUGCAACAGUUUGGGUUUGUCUGAUACUUUAUUGAGCUGGAAGGGGCUUUCUUUAAACGAAUAUAUUGGCCAUUGGUUGGGACAAAAUGCCUUGCCACAACCAUCACUUAU